CGUUGUGGCGGAGCCAGAAAUCAUAAGGCAGGUGCUGGUUAAAGAAUUUGACAAGUUUCAUGACCGACCUAGCUCACUAUUCAUCCCGGAGCUGCCUGAGCCACUAACAAGCAUGCUGACUGCUGUCAAAGGUCAAAGGUGGAAGGACAUCCGCAGUAUUAUGACCCCUAACUUCACCUCUGGCAAACUCAAAGGCAUGAUGUACAUUAUGAACGAAGCUGGGGAUACUCUUCUAAAGAAAAUAGAGAAGGCAGCAGAAGAAAAACAGGCAGUCGAUAUUCACGAAUGGCAGCAGUCAGUGACGAUAGAGGUGAUUCUUUCUGCCGCUUUUGGAACUCUUUCUGAAGCACAGACAAACCCAAACGACAUAGUCACAUCUUAUGCCAAGGAUGCAAUGUCUCCAAGACCAUGGCCAAAUAUUGCUUUGAUGGUCCCUAUUAUCGGCAAGAAAUUAUGCAAGGCAAUCACUAUAUCCCGCUGGGGGUUCAACUGGGGUCCUAUAAUAGAUAUUGCAGGAAAGAUACUCAAGCAAAGACGCGAAGGUGAAGGAGAAGCAAGAAAAGAUAUGUUACAAAACAUUCUAAACUCCCAGCACCCUGAUAAAAAGGGACAUAAACUCACAGAAAAUGAAGUUAUUGCCGAAAUGGUUCUCUUUUUACUUGCUGGCUAUGAUACAUCAAGCAACACUCUUGGCCUAACUUGCUACCAUCUUGCUUUAUACCCAGAGAUCCAAGAGAGAGUGUACGAGGAAAUAACGCGUAUUUGUGAAUCAAAAGACACAGCUACGUAUGACGAAAUUAAAGAAAUGGUUUAUUUGGAAGCUUUUGUCUCUGAGACAUUGCGCCUUUACCCACCAGGUUUCUUUGUAACCCGCACCGUCGAAAAAUCCUGUAUCAUAAACGGUGUUCAUUUUAAAAAGGACAUGGCUGUCCUCAUACCCACUUACGCUUUGCAUCGGGACGAAAAAUACUGGCCCGAACCAAACGCCUUUAAACCGGAGAGAUUUCUUCCAGAGAAUAAAGAAUCUAUUAACCAAUUUGCCUAUUUGCCUUUUGGCAACGGUCCUCGAACCUGCAUUGGAAUGCGAUUUGCACAGAUGGAAAUAAAGACAAUCCUUGUUAGAAUGCUGCAGAAGUUUCGCAUGUUGCGUGGUCCUGAGACGCCAGUGCCUUUGAAGAUGCAGCCAAGAGCCGUGCUAUCACCGGCUGAGCCAGUCUGGAUACGAUUUGAGAAGAGAGAGUAGAUUUGAACACGUUCAAGUGCGAAGAACUUCAAGUGUAACACAAAGCAACUAUUUGAUCUGUACUUUAGUUCACAAUUGUUUUAGGCACAUCUCGCUGGAAUUUUUUGUUGAUUUGGUUUUUAACUUUUGCUUGAAAAAAUUGCCGGA